UAAGUAAAUAAAUACAUUUGGAAUGCCAACUAACUGGGCCAACUGGACGUUAUCCAUUAAAGCAUUUCCGGGUUACACACUGACGUUCGUUUCUGCGAAGCGGGUGACUUCACGCAGUUAAAGAGCUGGCUACAGGUGAGAUCAUGUGGGCUCAGCAGCAGAGGGGCAUCCACGUCAGCCAGGCCGAGCUGCUCUGCAAGGAUGGCUGCGGUUACUACGGCAACCCCGCCUGGCAGGGCUACUGCUCCAAGUGCUGGCGGGAACACACGCGGCGCAGCGCACAAGGAGACCGACAGGAGAGCAGCUCCGGCUUCAGCAGCAAUGGAGGAACGUCCCUCACCUUCUCCAAGUUCGAGGAGAAGAAGAGCAUUGAGAAAGGGCGCAGGGUCAACACCAUGAGGCGGCUGCUCUGGGGAGCCCCCUCCCCUGCAAAGCCCCCAGGAGAGUCGUCUGAGGGGCGGGAGGCAGCGCUGAAGGCCUUCCAGAGCCUGGAGCCGGGAGACUUCACCAGCUUCCUCAAGCUGCUGCGCCGGCCCUCGUCCCAGCGCCUCAAGUCCCGCUGCACCGCCUUCCUCAACACCAUGGAGGCCUACCACGACCUGCCCGUGGAGAAGCAGUCGGACCUGGUGCAGGAGUUCUACCAGAACGCCGCGGACCAUUUCAGCGGCUUGUCGGAGGAGCACGCUGCUCAGACGAUGGAGCACAUUGAGAAGCUGAUCAUGACGCAGCUGCAUAAGUGGGUGUUCUGCCACGACAGCAGCGACGACGAGCAGAAGGACCUGGCCCUGCAGCGGAGGAUACGGUCGUUGAACUGGGUCACCCCGCAGAUGCUGAGCGUGCCCUUCGCUGACGAGAGGUCAGAGGCCAGCGACCCGUUCCUGCCCGCCAUCACAGCGAUCAUCGAGAUGGACGCGAAGCGAGCCCCCCAGGACAAGCUCACCUGCGUGUCCCGGUGCAGCCAGAAGGUGUUCGAGGUGCUGGCGUCCUCCAGCAGCGAGCCGGCCAACGCCGAUGACUUCCUGUCGGCGCUGAUCUACGUGGUGCUGAAGGCCAACCCGCCGCGGCUGCACUCCAACAUGCAGUACAUCAUCCGCUUCGGCCUGCCCCACAGCCUGAUGGCCGGGGAGAGCGGCUACUACUUCACCAACCUGUCCUGCGCUGUGGCCUUCAUUGAGAAGCUGGAUGGACCAGCCCUGAAUCUGAGCCCGGAGGAGUUUGAGGCCUACAUGCAGGGGCGACGGGUGGCCCCCCGGGGCAGCGAGGGCCAGCGGAGGGCCAGGGAGACGCGGGAGAAGCUGGUGGAGCUGGGGAGUCGGCAGGAGAAGGUGACCCUGGGGGUGCAGGCCCUGCAGGAGCAGCUGCAGCAGUGGGUGCAGUCCGUGCAGGCGCAGGUGGAUGAGAUCACAGCCCAGUCACCUCCCGCGCAGACUGAUGAGGUCACCGCUCAGUCGGUGCUGACGGAGGUGGGUGAGGUCACAGUCGCCUCAGCGCCGGAACAGGCGCAGGUGGAUGAGAUCACAGCACAGUCAGCACCGGCGCAGACUGAUGACGUCACAGCUCAUUCCGCUCCUCCACAGAUAAAUGAGAUCACAGCCAACUCUGUGCCAGCGCAGCCUGAUGAUGUCACAGAUGUGUCUGUGCAGACCCAGGUGGAGGCGAUUAGUGCCUAGGUGAGCGAGUAUAUGAGCUGGUGGGGAGAAGUACGCAGCCUUCCUGUGCUUUGGCUGUGUGCAGGAACACAGCCCGUUGGAGGGCACAGGGAAGGGUACUACAUAGGAUGCCGUUCUUCUCCAUUUUUUCCAGCUGUCUGUUCUGGUAGGAUUCAAAGGCCUCGUGCAGCCACAGCACGCAGCCACACACUGACCUUCCAUGUUCCAGCACACUCCGCCCUCAGUAUCUGAGCACACUUCUGUGUCUUCAGCACCAGUGUCACUGCUGUGAGUGAGAGAGGCCAGCUGUCACUGUCUCCUGUUUACAUUCAUGAACUUGUGCGGGUCGAGGUUUUUCCAUUUUUUUCCCCCAUAAUUUAUUUGCUGGCAUGUGGCUGAGGCUUACAAAAAGAAAAGCAGUUUCAUGUUUAAGGCUGAAGAGACUAGGCGGUGUGCUUUCUGGUUCUGAAGCCCGUUCUUUGCACCUUGUAAACCGGGGGCUGGACAUCCCUGAUCCACGAGUACUGGAGAAACUGUAGGUACUUCUCAAAACUUAAUUAAUUGCACACAUAAAUUAAUUAUUAGCUUCCUCAGUAUUUUACUCCGCAGUGCUGUGGCUAUGACGGGGUGCCUGCCUUUUGUUUCCAGUUUUGAAGUUUAGUACCCUGGUCGUGAGGAGAAGGGCCAGUUCUUGCAGGGUACGGAUGUGUCUGUGGCUUUCUGUUGUCUUGGUGCCAAAGUGCCUGAACAUUUAAGCAUUUCUCAAGUGCCUUUCCAGACAUUCCAUUUUAUGGAAAGGAACACAGUAACCAAUCAGUAACUCACUAAUGAAACCACUAUGUGGGGGGGAAAGUGUUUUUGUCCCAAAAGCAAAUGUUAGUGGGGCAGUGAUGUGUGUCCUUUAGUGUGUACUGUUUGUGUUCAGACACAUUCCUGUCUUGUAUGAUACCUUAGAGCACAAUGGUGCCUUCAUUGACCUUCUAGUUAUGCUUAUAUAUUCAUAAAAAUCAUGUUAUAUUAUUAUGAUAUAGGUUUUCUCAUUCUCAUUCUCCUCUAAGUUCUACGGUACUGUUCAAUAGUACUAAUACUGGUUUGGUGAGACAGAGCAGAAUGUUGUGUCUGUGUGUGUGUGGAAUAGAUUGUGCAAACGCAGAAAAGCCUUACUGUUUACACAUUUUAAAUACAGUUCCCAAAGAUGAUGAAGAUUUAAUGUAAUAAUUUAUAUACUGUAUUGAAAAUAAAUAGAAGAUCCUGA